AUACAAGAUCAGUUUAUAAGAAAACGCUGAACGAGUGAAAGAAAUUUUUCAUUGAGGGAGUAGUGCAAAUAACAAUAGAGCACCCACCUAUAGACCAAUCAACCAACAACUAAAAGGAUAUAUUCAUAUUGUGCUUUUUGAAUUAGAAAUUAAUUACAAACGAUUAAAUGAUCCACUAGGGAUCAUUUGGUAUCUGAGAAACCAUUGUUUUGAGGGAUUGUUUAAAUAUUGCAUCGCUAGAGAAUAAUAUAAAACACAAUAUGCAUAAAUACGUGUGGCAUGUGGCAGUUAUAACAAUAGUAUUCUGUUGGUUACAAACGGCAACAGCACGCAGUGCCACAAAUUCCAAUACGAACAAUUAUCAACAUGCAAACAGUGUUACUGAAGAGGUCGACAACUCACAACAAACGAGUAGUAGUUCUAGUACGAGUCCGUCAAAUGUCUGGAAGGAUCUAUCAAUGGUUUACCGAUUGUAUCAGCAAUGUUCGGCGGAGAAUUUGUCAAUCUGUCUUAAAGUGAAACUGUUGACGGGUCUGGAAAAGGUUUUCCGUUCAGCCAAAAAGGUGAAAAUAAUGGAGGGCAUACAAUUUGUGAAGGCAGAUGAUACCGAACUGCCUACUAAACCUUUGUUAAGUGAACAGGAGUUGGAAGCAAAUUUACCCAGAGCUUUAGAGGCCAAAGAACAGGUUUUGACCAAUAUGAUAUUUAAGAAUUUGGCAGGAUUUCUGCAGCAUCAUACUUUACAGAUAAAAUUCCCUGAUAUACGUCCAGAUGACUCUCUGUCCGCCAAUACUGUGGAAGGACGCAAGAAGAAGGAUAAAAAAGGAGGCGGUGCUUAUAUAAUGAUUCCUUUACUUUUGGGUGGCACAUUUGUGCCUAUUGCCUACGGUGCUUUAGCCAUGUUAGCGGGCAAAGCUUUAAUUGUCUCUAAGCUAGCUUUAGUCUUAGCCUCCAUUAUAGGCAUUAAGAAACUGUUAAGUGGUGGUGGCAAAGAGUCUUCACAUGAAGUUGUUGUAUCUUCUGGUGGCCACUCCGGCUGGGGACGGGACUUUGAUUUGGCCUAUAAUGGUUGGAAACCAAAAGAAGCGAAAAAGACUACUUAAAAGUUCUAUUGUUCUAUAUUGUUUGUAAUUUACCAUUAACAGUCAUUUAACUGUAAGCGGCAUUCCAUGAAAGAUAUUUUUGACAUAAAACAUUGAAAGAGGCAAAUGAUUUGUAACAAAAAAACUUAAGAAAAAAAAUAUUCAAAAAAGUUUAAAAAAAUUAGAAUGGAUGAAACUUACUUGUUUACAAAUUAAAAACAAAUUGUGUGUGUUUUUUUUUUUAGAUUUUAAGUAAGAAUGUUAAUUUAUUUAUUUUAGUUUUAAGAACAAAUUUAAAUAAAGAAAAAAUAAUAUCGAAAAUAAAUUAUUAAUACUAGAUGUCAUUAACUCAUAUCGGAAGAAAGAUGAAGAAAGUGUUUAUAAGCGAAUUAUUGAUAAUAAAGUAAUUUUCUGAAAUGGA